AUGGGCCAGGACUUGCUGUGGCUCAACCACUCCAGCAGCUCCCGGGCGAGCAACACCUGUGUGGCUGAUGGGCACAGCGACGGACCCUACUCUGCCGCCACCGCCGCGCUGCUGGCAGUGCUUAUGGGGCUGCUGGUGCUGGCCACCGUGUUGGGAAAUGCCCUGGUCAUCUUGGCGUUCCUGGUGGACCGGAGCCUCCGCACGCAGGGCAACUGCUUCUUCCUCAACCUGGCUAUCGCCGACCUCCUGGUGGGCAGCUUCUGCAUCCCCCUCUACAUCCCCUACGUGCUGGAGGGAGAGUGGAGACUCGGCAAAGGCUUGUGUAAGCUGUGGCUGGUGGUAGACUACCUGGUGUGCACCGCCUCCGUCUUCAACAUCGUCCUUAUCAGCUUCGACAGGUUCAUCUCUGUCACCAAAGCGAUCAGCUACAGGGCUCAGAAAAGGAUGACCAGAAAUGCAGUACUGAAGAUGAUCAUGGUAUGGAUUGCUGCUUUUCUUCUGUAUGGUCCAGCCAUUCUCAGCUGGGAGCACAUUGCCCAAAAAAGCAUCCUCCCUGAAGGAGAAUGUCAUGCAGAAUUCUUCUACAACUGGUAUUUUCUAAUGAUUGCCUCUACUAUUGAGUUCUUUACACCUUUCAUCACUGUUACAUACUUUAACCUAAGUAUUUACCUCAACAUCAGGAGACGCACAUCACUCAGAAAUGAAAACCUAACACGUGGUCAAGAGGACUGUGAAAUGAGGUUCCAGGGGAAAGAAAGAGAACACACUGUAUUUUAUGUAAAACCUGCUAACAGACACAAACAUGAGAAGAAGAGAAGAAGCAGCCUUUCUCCUCCCAAAAAGGCUUCAAGACUCAACUUACAUAAGCUUGACAAUCAGUCAUUAAAUCUGAACAUCAAUCAAGACCUUCCACCACUCGAGGUCGAAGUUGAGACCAAGCCUCACAGGAAUUGUUUCUACAAAACUACAGAAAGCUUAUGCACCACCAACAGCAGAGCAGACAUUGCUAACACUGUGGCAAACAGGUUUAGACUUUCACGGGAUAAAAAAGUAGCAAAGUCUUUAGCAAUUAUUGUCUGUGUUUUUGGUUUGUGUUGGGCUCCAUACACACUUUUGAUGAUCAUCAGAGCAGCUUGCCAUGGGCACUGUGUACACUACUCCCUCUACGAGACAUCAUUUUGGCUUCUGUGGGUGAAUUCAGCCAUUAACCCUGUUCUAUACCCACUGUGUCACAUGAGCUUUCAAAAAGCCUUUAUCAAACUACUGUGUCCAGGAAAAGCCAAAAUUCAUCCUCAUGUUUUUAUGUGAAAAAAAAAAAGAGUGAAG